AUGCCUGAACGGUCUCCCCAACAGAUAGCACCAUGGCGAGAGUCUUUUGCCCCACCCGCUUGUACACACCCUUGCAAUUCAAUCCAUUGCCUUCUGUUUGGUUUCACGUUGCAUGUACAUCCUGACAAAAUGAUGGCCAUCUUUCCAUUGGCAAGAAAACCGCAGAACUUCUGCUGCCAUGGUGGUGACACGAGCAAUCCCAAUUACAAACCAUAUGUGUGCUCCGACAUACCUGCUCUGUAUGCUGUAUCUCUUGUUUCCAAGUACAAUAUUAGUUGUGGUUUCCAUGGAAAGAACCACUGCAUUUGGACAGGCAGGUUGCUAUCAGCCUGGUGCUGGAGUACACCCUCGGGGCAGCGGCCGUGGCCAAGGGCUUCAGUGGCUACAUUUCCAGCUUCAUCGGCCUUGCUAGUGAUGCUCUUGUGUGGCCCAAACUUUCGGAGGGUGACGACUGUGGCUCGGAGGGUGGUUCCAGACUGA